UCUAUAUGCAUGGUCAAUUUUACAGAAACAUUUUCACUGACCUCUAAGAGAUUGCUUAUCCGGUUUCUUUAAAUCGUUUUCAUCUAGCAGUUGAUUGUCAUCAAUGACAUCAUUGUCGUUAUCACCAUUCCACUGAGCCUCUACAGUGUCAUCAAUUUUCCAUACAGCAGAGUUGCCAUUUAUUUUGAGAGAUGCUUUAGAGCCCACCUGAAAUAAAUUCAUAAAUAUAUUUAUAGUUAAAAAUUAUUUAACAAAACAGCUAAAAUUUUCCACACUUAGACACUUUAAUUGGACCAUUUUGUAUGAAGCAUUGGAUUAUCAAAAAGUGUUGAAAAUCUAGUGAUUGCAACUUUAUUGUUUAAAUUUAAUGUUAUUUGAAAAAGAUUUUAAAAAUUAAUUUAAACAGUAAUUUUGAGAAAAUGGCUCAUUGGAGUCACAGUCCCAUAGACAAUGGACUAUACAAAUUUGAUGAAAGUAGGGAUAAACUAAUUAUAAAAGAAAAUGAUACACAAAAAAUAUACUAGAAUAAAUAUAACUACCUCAAACUUUGGUUUCUCUGCUCUGAAGCUGUUGCCCUCUUUAUUGACAUUGAUGAAACCAUUUAAUUUAAGCGCACUAGUAAGAUCUGUUUUAUUAUUCAAUACAAGUUUACCACUGGGUUUGAGAAGUUUAACAAUAAGAGCUAAAAGGUUGUCCGUGUGGUUCAGAGAAUGAGGUGGGAUCCAGUUAGACAGAACUACAUCAAAAGAUGAAUGUGGCCGAGAUGCUGGAAUAAAAUAAGUGAUUGAAUUAGCACUGGCCUUGUAUCAACUAUUGAUGAUUAAAUAUUUAUUAUUUUAUUGAAAAUGAUCAAGGUUUGUUAUUUGUUAAGCUGCCAAAUAAUACACAAGAAUACUACAUGCACAUCAAUACUCACAGUCAGUAAUCAUUCCCGAGUUUUCUAAAACAAUCUGUCCGGUUUUGGUUAUAUUUUUUAAUUCAUUCACUAACAAAUUCAAAUCGUUUUGGUCGCUGCUUUCCCAGAGUAAUAGAAUAUUAUCUCCUUCCUUUAUUGCGUUCAUUAUGAUAAAAAUGUAUUUUUCGGAAUUACUUUACCAAAUUUACUAAAUAAUGAUCGAACUUCUUUUCUUUUCACUGAUAGAAUGAUUCUUAGGAGUUGUCUAAAAGAUACAGAUUUUAAAAAUCCCGUGUAUAAAAUAUUUAGAUCAAAUUUUUAAAAACGUUUUCUUCGAUCACAAGCUCGACUUUGCUUCUUUUCUUUCUCUGCGUAAAAUUGUGAAAUAAAACGAUUGGAAUCACUCGCUGCCACUUUGACUCAGGCAAGUCAGCCAGUGCUGCCGAUGUUGAUCAGUGUCCGUCAUCCGCCCUGUUAAUAUAACGUUAAAACGUGGUACUAAUAAUUUAUUUGGUAACGUUGUAUCGUUGUAACUAAGAAAAUUUCACAUUGUUUCAAAUAAUUUCACUUUUAAAUAAAUUUACGUGCACUUGCCAAAUAGGGAUGACGACAGGCUAAAAAAAUAAAUACUAUUUAGAAAAAUAUUAGGUAUAAAAUGUACAUGAAAUGCAUUUUCUACAAAAUGCGAUACAUUGAGUCAAAACGUCAAAUGUAGAAAUGAUGACAUUUGACAUUUUGACUCAGUGUAUCGCCGUAAUUUAAUUAUUAUACAAAAAAAUCUACAAUCUACCUGACGGACAAAUAAAAAAAAAAAUAGUCGUUAUCCUAUUGGCCUUUAAUGAAAUAAAGUGCACUCAAAACAUGCACACACUAUAAAUUUAUUCUUUGAAAUGCAUUAUUAGAAUGUGAUGAGAUCAAAAUCAAAAUUAAAUAUCACAGUGUGAAUUUUUUUCAAGUUUUUUUUACUGUAAAAAUAUAAUAAUACGUAUAUAUUUACUGUAAUAAUUUAUUGUAAAUAAAGUCUAACAGCCAAUUGUACAUAUGUCCAUUAAAAUUGUAUUUAGUUUAAAGCGACAUUACCCAUGCAGAUUUGGCAUUUAUUAGAGCCUAAAAGCGUUUAUGUAACUGACCGUAUGGGUUCCAUUUUAUUACCGUGAAUAGCUCUGCUUCUCAAAUAAAUGACUAUAGUACUCACAUAAAUCAAUAAAUCUCUUUUACUAUAAACCCACUUUUAUGAUUAUGUAUAUCAAAAUCAUUAUCUAAAUUUAAUCAAAAGAGGACAAUAAUACGUUGUGUCAAAUAUAUAACGAUAUUAGAAUAAAUAAAAUAACGCUAAUACGCUUCUUAGAUAAAAAUAUUUCACAUCACUAAAGAGGACAGACUACAGGAAGAAAAAAUAAAAUGUCAUUUUUUAUUCUUCAGUUCUUUACAAAUAAUGAUAUAAGAUGUUUUACGAAGCAUUUCUAGCUGGUUUUUGGUCAUCUCUUGGUAGUACAAUAGGGAAAUUAACAGGAGCAGAAUAUAUUGUAGGCGACAGCUACGUCAUAUGGGCAGCACUAUUGAUAGUGAUGGUUUUAGUGAAUACUUGGGGUUGCAGACAUUACUUACGCUCUCUGGAUGCGGCAAGCGAUUCUGUGACACCCACUGUUGUAUCUGCUGCUACUAGCUACGUAUUGUCUGGUCUGAUCGGAGUGAUGUUCUUCGAUGAAGGUGCGUCGGUGCGAUGGUGGAUUGGUGCUACGCUGAUAAUUAUUGGUCUGGCAUUGGUGGCUCGACCAAGAAAUAAGCAAAAAUUUACAUAAAUAGUAAUACCACCACUUAUUUUAGUACAUAUAUUUUUACACGACUGGCCAUGAAAGUUGCAAUGUUUUGUAU